AUGGCCGUGCUCAGCGGUGUUCGGCACUUCUUCGCGGCAUCCGUUCAUGACUUCCCGAUCGCACACCCGCACAUUCGUAUGCUGCUUAAGGGCAUCAGCCGUCUCGAUUCACCUCCGCGUCGGAAAGCACCAGUGUCAAUCGGACUCCUCGAGGUGUGCUUCCGCAACCUUUCAAUGACUGAGCCCUUCGAGCAAGCCCUCUGGGGGGUCAUGUGCCUGGCGUUAUUUUUCCUCCUUCGGCGGUCGGAAAUCGUGGCAAUUACUGGCGGUUCGUUCAAGUGGUUUGCUGUUCGACUCAAGACAUCGCGGUUCUGGAUGCGGAAGGCCAGCCAACCCUGUCCCCAUCGAAGGCACAGUCGGUGUGUAUGCGCCUGA